AUUUUGUUCGUUUUUUCUUUUCAAUGACGUAGUCAAGUCAUGAAAAGCUGUCAAUCUCUUUGCUUUGCCAAUUGCUAUCUAUCCAUCUGUCUCCCUCUCUCUCACCUACAUUCACAUAAUGACAAGCCUUCUCAAUUUCACCCUUUUCAAAUCCCAACAUUUUUUAUAUUUUUCUGACGCAGAAGAAGUUCAAUUCAUGAUUUGGCUCUUUUAUAAAAUCAUCAACUGCGGAUCUCCUUGUUUGAUUGAGAUUCAGCUUCUUACUACAUCACGUAAGCUUAUCCAAUCUCAUUGCCUGUCCUUUCUGUAAAUCGAGUUUACUAGAGUGAUCUAGUUGCUGUUUUUUUAAUUGAUAAAAUUCGAGCGCGAUUUUGAAUAUGAGUUUCCGGUUUUUAGUCUAUAUCGUCUCACAGUCGUAUUUUCUUUGAAUUACGACGAAUCGAGCGAGAAGAUUUGAGUUAGGGUGAUUCUUCUGUCAUGUAAAACAACAACUGAUAUGGAUCAUUCAUGAAGUGCUUGAGUGUUAACUAAUUGGUGAGAAUCUAAGCUUUCUUGCAAAAAAUGGCUAUGGCUCCUCCCAUCAAAGUGUUUCUAGGCUCUUUUGCCUUCGCUGUAUUUUGGGUAUUAGCGGUUUUUCCUGCUGUCCCUUUUAUGCCAAUCGGAAGAACAGCAGGGUCUCUCCUUGGUGCCAUGCUCAUGGUUCUUUUUCAAGUAAUAACUCCAGAUCAAGCUUACGCUUCCAUUGAUCUUCCAAUCCUUGGCCUCCUCUUUGGUACAAUGGUUGUAAGUGUUUAUCUGGAAAGAGCAGAUAUGUUCAAAUAUUUAGGUAAGUUACUCGCAUGGAAAAGUCAAGGAUCCAAAGACUUACUCUGUAGAAUCUGCUUAAUAUCCGCUGUUUCCAGUGCUUUUUUCACUAACGACACAUCAUGUGUUGUGUUAACUGAAUUCGUACUCAAAAUAGCAAGACAACAAAACCUUCCGCCGCAUCCGUUUCUACUAGCACUUGCUUCAAGUGCAAAUAUCGGGUCAUCCGCUACACCAAUAGGCAACCCUCAAAACCUUGUAAUAGCAGUUCAAAGCAAGAUACCAUUUGGGGAAUUCUUGUUUGGGAUUGUUAUGGCGAUGUUGGUGGGCGUUUUCGUAAAUGCGCUGAUUCUGUUAUGUAUGUUUUGGAAGGUGUUAUCUGUUCAAAAAGAUGAAGAAGAACCUCCUGUUGAAGUAUCAACUCAAGAAGACGUGAAUUCCCAUCGAUUUUCACCAGCUACAAUGUCACAUCUUUCAUCUCAAAAUUCUCACGAACUUGCUGCUAGUUUGGACGCGAUGAGUCAUCAAUUUCACAGCUCGCCAGGUGUCAACGGAACAUUGGAUAAUCUCACUCUCAGGAACCGUAUAACUUUAAGCGAUGAAAUCCACACCCCAAAAGACAUUACAGGUACAGACAACGGAAACGGAAACGGAAACGGAAUCGGGAAUGGCGAUUCCGGUUUGGGUUUGGAGGAAAAGGAUGAAAAGUCUGCGAAAUGGAAGAUAAUGUUAUGGAAAACAGGGGUUUAUGUGAUUACGAUCGGAAUGUUGGUUUCCUUUCUAUUGGGGUUAAACAUGUCAUGGACUGCAAUUACAGCUGCUUUGGCUCUUGUGGUUCUUGAUUUCAAGGAUGCAAGGCCAUGUUUGGAGAAGGUUUCUUAUUCGCUUUUGGUAUUCUUUUGUGGGAUGUUUGUGACUGUUGAUGGGUUUAAUAGGACAGGAAUCCCAAGUGCAGUGUGGGAUUUCAUGGAGCCUUAUGCACAAAUCGAUCAUAUUUCUGGUGUAGCAAUUCUUGCUGUUGUUAUUGUUGUUCUAUCAAAUCUUGCUUCAAAUGUGCCAACAGUGCUGUUGUUGGGGGCAAGGGUGGCGGCGGCGGCGGCUAGUAUAUCGCCGGAGAAGGAGAAGAAAGCGUGGCUAAUAUUGGCGUGGGUUAGUACGGUUGCCGGAAACCUUUCUCUACUGGGAUCGGCGGCGAAUUUGAUUGUAUGUGAACAAGCUCGUCGUGCUCAAAAUUUUGGGUAUAAUCUUACGUUUUGGGCUCAUCUCAAAUUUGGUGUUCCUUCCACAAUUAUCGUUACAGCUAUUGGUUUGACAUUGAUAAGGGCAUAAUAAUCUUCCUUCAUCUUUUCGACAUUUCCUUUUAGGUUUACGUAAAGAAAAAUUCAGAAAAGAAUACUAGUGUUUUCACUCGAUAUAUAUGUAGCUAUUGUUUUUAAUUAGAAUAAGAUUGCCACAAUCAAGUAAUGUGUGCAGCCAUGGGAAUAUGUAUGUCUUGUGAAGCGAAUAUUGGCUGUGAGAGAAUGAUUUGAACAUAAACCCAACUCUCCUUGUAUGUGUUUCUUCUUGCAAAUGAAGUUAGUCUUUUUUGUAUUAUACUAAGAA